AUGGAUUACAAUAUAACUCGUGAACAAUCAAUUACUGUAAUAUUCAUCAUCAUCAUCAUCAUCAUCAUCAUCAUCAUCAUCAUCAUCAUCAUCAUCAUCAUCAUCAUCAUCAUCAUCAUCAUCAUCAUCAUCAUCAUCAUCAUCAUCAUCAUCAUCAUCAUCAUCAUCAUCAUCAUCAUCAUCAUCAUCAUCAUCAUCAUCAUCAUCAUCAUCAUCAUCAUCAUCAUCAUCAUCAUCAUCAUCAUCAUCAUCAUCAUCAUCAUCAUCAUCAUCAUCAUCAUCAUCAUCAUCAUCAUCAUCAUCAUCAUCAUCAUCAUCAUCAUCAUCAUCAUCAUCAUCAUCAUCAUCAUCAUCAUCAUCAUCAUCAUCAUCAUCAUCAUCAUCAUCAUCAUCAUCAUCAUCAUCAUCAUCAUCAUCAUCAUCAUCAUCAUCAUCAUCAUCAUCAUCAUCAUCAUCAUCAUCAUCAUCAUCAUCAUCAUCAUCAUCAUCAUCAUCAUCAUCAUCAUCAUCAUCAUCAUCAUCAUCAUCAUCAUCAUCAUCAUCAUCAUCAUCAUCAUCAUCAUCAUCAUCAUCAUCAUCAUCAUCAUCAUCAUCAUCAUCAUCAUCAUCAUCAUCAUCAUCAUCAUCAUCAUCAUCAUCAUCAUCAUCAUCAUCAUCAUCAUCAUCAUCAUCAUCAUCAUCAUCAUCAUCAUCAUCAUCAUCAUCAUCAUCAUCAUCAUCAUCAUCAUCAUCAUCAUCAUCAUCAUCAUCAUCAUCAUCAUCAUCAUCAUCAUCAUCAUCAUCAUCACAUCAUCAUCAUCAUCAUCAUCAUCAUCAUCAUCAUCAUCAUCAUCAUCAUCAUCAUCAUCAUCAUCAUCAUCAUCAUCAUCAUCAUCAUCAUCAUCAUCAUCAUCAUCAUCAUCAUCAUCAUCAUCAUCAUCAUCAUCAUCAUCAUCAUCAUCAUCAUCAUCAUCAUCAUCAUCAUCAUCAUCAUCAUCAUCAUCAUCAUCAUCAUCAUCAUCAUCAUCAUCAUCAUCAUCAUCAUCAUCAUCAUCAUCAUCAUCAUCAUCAUCAUCAUCAUCAUCAUCAUCAUCAUCAUCAUCAUCAUCAUCAUCAUCAUCAUCAUCAUCAUCAUCAUCAUCAUCAUCAUCAUCAUCAUCAUCAUCAUCAUCAUCAUCAUCAUCAUCAUCAUCAUCAUCAUCAUCAUCAUCAUCAUCAUCAUCAUCAUCAUCAUCAUCAUCAUCAUCAUCAUCAUCAUCAUCAUCAUCAUCAUCAUCAUCAUCAUCAUCAUCAUCAUCAUCAUCAUCAUCAUCAUCAUCAUCAUCAUCAUCAUCAUCAUCAUCAUCAUCAUCAUCAUCAUCAUCAUCAUCAUCAUCAUCAUCAUCAUCAUCAUCAUCAUCAUCAUCAUCAUCAUCAUCAUCAUCAUCAUCAUCAUCAUCAUCAUCAUCAUCAUCAUCAUCAUCAUCAUCAUCAUCAUCAUCAUCAUCAUCAUCAUCAUCAUCAUCAUCAUCAUCAUCAUCAUCAUCAUCAUCAUCAUCAUCAUCAUCAUCAUCAUCAUCAUCAUCAUCAUCAUCAUCAUCAUCAUCAUCAUCAUCAUCAUCAUCAUCAUCAUCAUCAUCAUCAUCAUCAUCAUCAUCAUCAUCAUCAUCAUCAUCAUCAUCAUCAUCAUCAUCAUCAUCAUCAUCAUCAUCAUCAUCAUCAUCAUCAUCAUCAUCAUCAUCAUCAUCAUCAUCAUCAUCAUCAUCAUCAUCAUCAUCAUCAUCAUCAUCAUCAUCAUCAUCAUCAUCAUCAUCAUCAUCAUCAUCAUCAUCAUCAUCAUCAUCAUCAUCAUCAUCAUCAUCAUCAUCAUCAUCAUCAUCAUCAUCAUCAUCAUCAUCAUCAUCAUCAUCAUCAUCAUCAUCAUCAUCAUCAUCAUCAUCAUCAUCAUCAUCAUCAUCAUCAUCAUCAUCAUCAUCAUCAUCAUCAUCAUCAUCAUCAUCAUCAUCAUCAUCAUCAUCAUCAUCAUCAUCAUCAUCAUCAUCAUCAUCAUCAUCAUCAUCAUCAUCAUCAUCAUCAUCAUCAUCAUCAUCAUCAUCAUCAUCAUCAUCAUCAUCAUCAUCAUCAUCAUCAUCAUCAUCAUCAUCAUCAUCAUCAUCAUCAUCAUCAUCAUCAUCAUCAUCAUCAUCAUCAUCAUCAUCAUCAUCAUCAUCAUCAUCAUCAUCAUCAUCAUCAUCAUCAUCAUCAUCAUCAUCAUCAUCAUCAUCAUCAUCAUCAUCAUCAUCAUCAUCAUCAUCAUCAUCAUCAUCAUCAUCAUCAUCAUCAUCAUCAUCAUCAUCAUCAUCAUCAUCAUCAUCAUCAUCAUCAUCAUCAUCAUCAUCAUCAUCAUCAUCAUCAUCAUCAUCAUCAUCAUCAUCAUCAUCAUCAUCAUCAUCAUCAUCAUCAUCAUCAUCAUCAUCAUCAUCAUCAUCAUCAUCAUCAUCAUCAUCAUCAUCAUCAUCAUCAUCAUCAUCAUCAUCAUCAUCAUCAUCAUCAUCAUCAUCAUCAUCAUCAUCAUCAUCAUCAUCAUCAUCAUCAUCAUCAUCAUCAUCAUCAUCAUCAUCAUCAUCAUCAUCAUCAUCAUCAUCAUCAUCAUCAUCAUCAUCAUCAUCAUCAUCAUCAUCAUCAUCAUCAUCAUCAUCAUCAUCAUCAUCAUCAUCAUCAUCAUCAUCAUCAUCAUCAUCAUCAUCAUCAUCAUCAUCAUCAUCAUCAUCAUCAUCAUCAUCAUCAUCAUCAUCAUCAUCAUCAUCAUCAUCAUCAUCAUCAUCAUCAUCAUCAUCAUCAUCAUCAUCAUCAUCAUCAUCAUCAUCAUCAUCAUCAUCAUCAUCAUCAUCAUCAUCAUCAUCAUCAUCAUCAUCAUCAUCAUCAUCAUCAUCAUCAUCAUCAUCAUCAUCAUCAUCAUCAUCAUCAUCAUCAUCAUCAUCAUCAUCAUCAUCAUCAUCAUCAUCAUCAUCAUCAUCAUCAUCAUCAUCAUCAUCAUCAUCAUCAUCAUCAUCAUCAUCAUCAUCAUCAUCAUCAUCAUCAUCAUCAUCAUCAUCAUCAUCAUCAUCAUCAUCAUCAUCAUCAUCAUCAUCAUCAUCAUCAUCAUCAUCAUCAUCAUCAUCAUCAUCAUCAUCAUCAUCAUCAUCAUCAUCAUCAUCAUCAUCAUCAUCAUCAUCAUCAUCAUCAUCAUCAUCAUCAUCAUCAUCAUCAUCAUCAUCAUCAUCAUCAUCAUCAUCAUCAUCAUCAUCAUCAUCAUCAUCAUCAUCAUCAUCAUCAUCAUCAUCAUCAUCAUCAUCAUCAUCAUCAUCAUCAUCAUCAUCAUCAUCAUCAUCAUCAUCAUCAUCAUCAUCAUCAUCAUCAUCAUCAUCAUCAUCAUCAUCAUCAUCAUCAUCAUCAUCAUCAUCAUCAUCAUCAUCAUCAUCAUCAUCAUCAUCAUCAUCAUCAUCAUCAUCAUCAUCAUCAUCAUCAUCAUCAUCAUCAUCAUCAUCAUCAUCAUCAUCAUCAUCAUCAUCAUCAUCAUCAUCAUCAUCAUCAUCAUCAUCAUCAUCAUCAUCAUCAUCAUCAUCAUCAUCAUCAUCAUCAUCAUCAUCAUCAUCAUCAUCAUCAUCAUCAUCAUCAUCAUCAUCAUCAUCAUCAUCAUCAUCAUCAUCAUCAUCAUCAUCAUCAUCAUCAUCAUCAUCAUCAUCAUCAUCAUCAUCAUCAUCAUCAUCAUCAUCAUCAUCAUCAUCAUCAUCAUCAUCAUCAUCAUCAUCAUCAUCAUCAUCAUCAUCAUCAUCAUCAUCAUCAUCAUCAUCAUCAUCAUCAUCAUCAUCAUCAUCAUCAUCAUCAUCAUCAGCAUCAUCAUCAUCAUCAUCAUCAUCAUCAUCAUCAUCAUCAUCAUCAUCAUCAUCAUCAUCAUCAUCAUCAUCAUCAUCAUCAUCAUCAUCAUCAUCAUCAUCAUCAUCAUCAUCAUCAUCAUCAUCAUCAUCAUCAUCAUCAUCAUCAUCAUCAUCAUCAUCAUCAUCAUCAUCAUCAUCAUCAUCAUCAUCAUCAUCAUCAUCAUCAUCAUCAUCAUCAUCAUCAUCAUCAUCAUCAUCAUCAUCAUCAUCAUCAUCAUCAUCAUCAUCAUCAUCAUCAUCAUCAUCAUCAUCAUCAUCAUCAUCAUCAUCAUCAUCAUCAUCAUCAUCAUCAUCAUCAUCAUCAUCAUCAUCAUCAUCAUCAUCAUCAUCAUCAUCAUCAUCAUCAUCAUCAUCAUCAUCAUCAUCAUCAUCAUCAUCAUCAUCAUCAUCAUCAUCAUCAUCAUCAUCAUCAUCAUCAUCAUCAUCAUCAUCAUCAUCAUCAUCAUCAUCAUCAUCAUCAUCAUCAUCAUCAUCAUCAUCAUCAUCAUCAUCAUCAUCAUCAUCAUCAUCAUCAUCAUCAUCAUCAUCAUCAUCAUCAUCAUCAUCAUCAUCAUCAUCAUCAUCAUCAUCAUCAUCAUCAUCAUCAUCAUCAUCAUCAUCAUCAUCAUCAUCAUCAUCAUCAUCAUCAUCAUCAUCAUCAUCAUCAUCAUCAUCAUCAUCAUCAUCAUCAUCAUCAUCAUCAUCAUCAUCAUCAUCAUCAUCAUCAUCAUCAUCAUCAUCAUCAUCAUCAUCAUCAUCAUCAUCAUCAUCAUCAUCAUCAUCAUCAUCAUCAUCAUCAUCAUCAUCAUCAUCAUCAUCAUCAUCAUCAUCAUCAUCAUCAUCAUCAUCAUCAUCAUCAUCAUCAUCAUCAUCAUCAUCAUCAUCAUCAUCAUCAUCAUCAUCAUCAUCAUCAUCAUCAUCAUCAUCAUCAUCAUCAUCAUCAUCAUCAUCAUCAUCAUCAUCAUCAUCAUCAUCAUCAUCAUCAUCAUCAUCAUCAUCAUCAUCAUCAUCAUCAUCAUCAUCAUCAUCAUCAUCAUCAUCAUCAUCAUCAUCAUCAUCAUCAUCAUCAUCAUCAUCAUCAUCAUCAUCAUCAUCAUCAUCAUCAUCAUCAUCAUCAUCAUCAUCAUCAUCAUCAUCAUCAUCAUCAUCAUCAUCAUCAUCAUCAUCAUCAUCAUCAUCAUCACAUCAUCAUCAUCAUCAUCAUCAUCAUCAUCAUCAUCAUCAUCAUCAUCAUCAUCAUCAUCAUCAUCAUCAUCAUCAUCAUCAUCAUCAUCAUCAUCAUCAUCAUCAUCAUCAUCAUCAUCAUCAUCAUCAUCAUCAUCAUCAUCAUCAUCAUCAUCAUCAUCAUCAUCAUCACAUCAUCAUCAUCAUCAUCAUCAUCAUCAUCAUCAUCAUCAUCAUCAUCAUCAUCAUCAUCAUCAUCAUCAUCAUCAUCAUCAUCAUCAUCAUCAUCAUCAUCAUCAUCAUCAUCAUCAUCAUCAUCAUCAUCAUCAUCAUCACAUCAUCAUCAUCAUCAUCAUCAUCAUCAUCAUCAUCAUCAUCAUCAUCAUCAUCAUCAUCAUCAUCAUCAUCAUCAUCAUCAUCAUCAUCAUCAUCAUCAUCAUCAUCAUCAUCAUCAUCAUCAUCAUCAUCAUCAUCAUCAUCAUCAUCAUCAUCAUCAUCAUCAUCAUCAUCAUCAUCAUCAUCAUCAUCAUCAUCAUCAUCAUCAUCAUCAUCAUCAUCAUCAUCAUCAUCAUCAUCAUCAUCAUCAUCAUCAUCAUCAUCAUCAUCAUCAUCAUCAGCAUCAUCAUCAUCAUCAUCAUCAUCAUCAUCAUCAUCAUCAUCAUCAUCAUCAUCAUCAUCAUCAGCAUCAUCAUCAUCAUCAUCAUCAUCAUCAUCAUCAUCAUCAUCAUCAUCAUCAUCAUCAUCAUCAUCAUCAUCAUCAUCAUCAUCAUCAUCAUCAUCAUCAUCAUCAUCAUCAUCAUCAUCAUCAUCAUCAUCAUCAUCAGCAUCAUCAUCAUCAUCAUCAUCAUCAUCAUCAUCAUCAUCAUCAUCAUCAUCAUCAUCAUCAUCAUCAUCAUCAUCAUCAUCAUCAUCAUCAUCAUCAUCAUCAUCAUCAUCAUCAUCAUCAUCAUCAUCAUCAUCAUCAUCAUCAUCAUCAUCAUCAUCAUCAUCAUCAUCAUCAUCAUCAUCAUCAUCAUCAUCAUCAUCAUCAUCAUCAUCAUCAUCAUCAUCAUCAUCAUCAUCAUCAUCAUCAUCAUCAUCAUCAUCAUCAUCAUCAUCAUCAUCAUCAUCAUCAUCAUCAUCAUCAUCAUCAUCAUCAUCAUCAUCAUCAUCAUCAUCAUCAUCAUCAGCAUCAUCAUCAUCAUCAUCAUCAUCAUCAUCAUCAUCAUCAUCAUCAUCAUCAUCAUCAUCAUCAUCAUCAUCAUCAUCAUCAUCAUCAUCAUCAUCAUCAUCAUCAACAUCAUCAUCAUAA